UGUGUCCCCAGAUAUGAGGUAAACACGUCAAACAUGGCUCUUUUACUCAUAACAAUUGUAAUGCUGAAUUAUUUUUAAUUACAAAAAUACUGGACAUGAUGGCCAGGUGCUUUUGUUAUAAUUCAGUGUUUUGGUUCUCAAGACGAUUCUUCAAUCAGAAAGCAGAAUGAGCCUCACAUGAGUCUCUCAUUUGCGUUGCCAGCUCCAAUGCUGAAAUCCAGUUGGUUUAAACCUAAAAUGCCUCUCUGGUCUGAAUGGUCAGUCUUUAAACCCAAACACCUGCUGCCCAUCCUGAAUCAGUGCUAGUGCAGCCUCUGCAUUUCAGGGGGUUCUGGAGGUUCUGAGUUUCACAUGAGGCAUGAGGCAUAUACUGAGACUGACAAGAACCUGUAUGUGUCUGGCAGCACAGGGCCAUUUGUGAUUGUAAUAUAUUUUUUAAAGUAAGAGCGUAGUUAACAUACAGUUUCUUUAAACGCUCAGAGCUUUGAGUGACACCUCAUUGUCCCUGUAGAGCAGGUGUGUCCAAGCUGUGACCUGGAGGCCCAAAUCCAGCUCUUAGGCCAGUUUUUAUCGGCCCUCCAGUUUCUCGCUCUAUUGAACCAAAUGAUCUGAAGCUAUAUUUUUUACUAUAGAUAAAAAUGAAGAUGCUGGCUUAACAUCAGUGUGUCGAGCCUAGUGUGAAGAUAUGGUCAAACCUGUGUAAAUGCAACUAUUUAAAUUACUGACUGUAGGCCUACUUCCUGUGACCUUAUGCUGCUCUUUGUGGAGAAGGUUGGACACAGACAGCUCUGCUGUAGAGAAAUGUCAUGUUAAAAGUGUAAACUGUCCUUGGAUGCAAAAAGUAGUUUAUUUUCCUUUCCUCCAGUACAGGAAAGGGCUGUAGUAAGUUCACUGCUUUCCCUGGUAUUAACAGGAAUAAUGCUGCAUAAAUAUGGUAAAUGGUCACAUUUUUCUGUAGCGUUUUUCCACCUUCAAGGCACUUUACAACAAGGAACCACUCACCCAUUCACACACUGUGGGCAAGGUGGGUUAAGUGUCUUGCCCAAGGACACAACAACAAUAGCAUUCAUCUGUGGGAGCUGGAAUAACACCAGCCAACCUGUUUAUUCCUUCUUUCCAUGUUUUUCUUUGGGACACCACUUAAUGUGACACAUUUGAUUGACAGCUGAAAAAUUGAGGAUCGAGGAGAGGAAUAAAGGAGAAGGAAGCGAGGAAAGAGAAUUGAGACGCGGCCUAAGUGUGUUACUUUGGGCACGACUGAUCCAUGUCACCAUCAUUAACCUACGAGCAUUUCAAGUUUGAUCUGUGGCCAUGGACGCGCUGCAGCUGUCAGUCAUGUAGAUCCAUGCUGUCAGGCAAGUAUGAAGAGCGUGUCCAGCGCGUGCAGAACGUGUGGUGCCGCUUUUAUUGUGGAGGGUUUGGCGGAAGUGUCCUGCGCAGUGGAAAGAGGCGCGUGGUGCUGAUGCUGAACCGGAUUGGGCCCUUGACCGGACUGAGCGAGGUCUGCGGGCGGACUACAGCGGCCCGUGGGUACCAGAGAGCCCCGCUGUGAGGAGGCCGGUCUCCGCCGUGAGCAGGUGAGUGCGGGGCACGGUGCGGGGGGAGCCUGCUGUGCGUGCGCCAUGUUUGUUGUUGCGCUGCUCGGCUGAAGCUCCAUCGCGCAGCAGACCAGGCGGGGUCACGCUCUGCUCCAUCACCAGCUCCUCCAUAUCAGGCAGGAGGAGACGGACCGGAGCGCUGCGGCGGAGGCGCUUCCCUGGGUAGGUUUUGUCGUGUUGUUGAUUGUCAAAUAACGCAUUCUUCCAUGUUUUUAAUUAACCAAUCAUAUGACAGAAUUGAUUUGCGGUUUAAUCCUAGUUGUGAUUGGUGUGUACUAUUGUUGUGUCCUUGGGCAAGACACCCACGCUUGACUUUCUAUAGGUGUGUGAGUGGCAGGCUGGUUGUGGUUGGUCUUGGACGCUGAAUGCCCCCAUCCUUGAGUCAGGGCAGAUACUGAUACUGAUACCCACCUGGAUGGAGCAUAGGCUAAGGCUACAUACUACUGUAAAUAAUGUACCCUGAUCACUGUCACUGUUCCCAUUCCCUUCUCUGUUCAAUCCAAUUUGAGUCAUUUUUCUGGUAGGGGUGUGCCACCUUCUUACCUCCAUGAACAUGGCAUUGCACUGCCUGAAAUGUACUACAGUAUGGCAUUAAUUUACCUGUUUUUCCAGUUCAAUUAGACUGUUGCUAAAUGACUACCUUGAAAAAUAUAUGCAUUAUUUCUGUCAGUGGUGUCUGCUGCUUGUUUCCAUGGAGAUACAGAUAGUCUACAUUUAAUGCCUUACCAUGAAACAUUCCUGGCAAAGCAAGAACAUAGAGGAACAUAUUCCAUAGAGGAGGAGGAGCGGAGCAGAAAUGUGGGUUCCAGGUGCAGGUCACACAACAAGUGUAUGCAACAGGUCAUUAAGUAGGUGCAUUUGGUAUAAAAUAGUAUGACUAUGGUCAGGGUGCUAUUUGUCCAAAAAGCAGAAGGGAGGAUGAUUUUUUUCUUCAUAUUAAAUCUUUAUUUCGGCUGUUAGGCUGUUAAAUAGGGUUGCAAAACCACCAUGACCAUAACUCUAGCCCCUCUCAAGCUUCUUCUUUGCACAUAUCAUAUGUAAAAAUAUGUAAAAUAUAGAAUUUUACUAUAGUAAUUGUAGCCCAUGAGCAGGUGCUCCCUGGUUCCUGAUAUAAUGAUACAAAAAUUUUGAUUGCAAAACUAAGGAAUAGACAUUACUCGACACCCAUUCCAAAACCAUGAUAACAUUUUAUUUUUUUACUGAAAAACACCCUAGAAUGUGAUUUUCAGCAUUAAAUAGUAGUCCACAGGUGUAUACUAGUCUGUGUGUAAUGACAUUCAGGGAAGGUUAAUUUCUGUCCUGUGCAUGGGAUGUUUUUAGAAUCUAUACCUGAGUAUCUAGUUUUGAUACUAUUUUUACACUCGAUUAGUAUCUGAUGAUUUGUAUCUGAUUUGUGUGUGUGGCAGGUGCUCUCUGACAGGUGCACUCUGACAGUCCUGUGUGUGUGGCAGGUGUCCCGUUGGGAUGAUGUCGUGCUGGGGUGUUCUCCUGGCUGUUCUCCUGGUUGCUCGGGGGGGCACCUCUCCUCCGUGCCCUUUGAGCUGCAGAUGCUACAGCCUCACAGUGGAGUGCGGCUCCACCAGUCUGCGGGAAACUCCCAAACACAUCCCGCCCUCCACACAGACCAUUUUCCUCCAGGACAAUCGCAUCGCUCAUCUCCGCAGAGCUGACCUGGCUCCUCUCAGACACCUACACUACCUCUAUUUACAGAACAACAGUAUCUCAGCCAUGGAGCCCGGCUGCUUUGAGCACCAGGCUCAACUGCUGGAGCUGGCUCUGAAUGGGAACAGGAUCCACCUGCUGAGUGCCGACCUCUUCCAUGGCCUGGAGCACCUACGCAUCCUAUACCUGUCUCGCAAUGACAUCACCCGACUGCUGGACUACACCUUUAGGGGCCUCCAGCGUCUCCAGGAGCUGCACCUGCAGCAGAACAGCAUUGAGGUGCUGUCGGACCAGGCUCUGUCCGGCCUCUCCUCCCUGGCUCUGCUCGAUCUGAGCCGCAACAACCUCCAUACCAUGGGCCCCGCCUCCCUGCGGCCACUGGUCAGCCUGCAGGUGCUCCGAAUGACCGAUAACCCGUGGCGCUGUGACUGUGCACUGCACUGGCUGCGCAGCUGGGUAGAUGAAGAGGGCCAGAGGCUGCUGAGUUCUGCCGAGCGGCGACUGGUGUGUGCAGACCCACCCCGCCUGUCUCAGCUCAGCCUGGUAGAGGUGCCCUUGAACAGCCUGGUGUGCAUACCCCCCGUGGUCCAACUGGAGCCCCGCAGACUGGCCGUGCGGCUGGGCGAGAGCCUGCGGGUGUCGUGCCAUGCCUCAGGGUACCCUCGCCCACAGGUGACAUGGAGGAAGGCUUCCCAGGGUAAGGCAGCCCUCGCUCCUCGAGGCCUGGUGCAGGAGCCAGGGGCCGGUGUGGUGGGGCGAGUGGAGGGCCCUUCAGAGGGGCCCUCAGACAGUGCACGAGCUGAGCGCUUUGACCCAGACACGGGCAGUGGCAUGUUGUUCCUCAGUAAUGUGACAGUGGCACAUGCAGGCUUCUAUGAAUGUGAGGCAUGGAAUGCAGGGGGUGUGGCCAGAGUUACCUUCCAGCUGGCCAUCAACUCCUCUACCUCCAUGUGGGCCUCGUGGUCGCAGCUCUCCUCGCAUUCCCCACCCUGGCCACGCCCCCGGAGCUAUGGUUCGGAGGUGAGCCGCGAGCCACUCUAUGCUCUGGGCAGCAUGGCCUUCAGCGCCCUGGGGCCUGCCACACAGACGGCCAUCGCAGUGGGCAUCUCCCUGUUAGCCCUGACCGCUCUGCUGCUGCUCAUGAUGAUCUACAGCCGCCAGCAGCAGCCUGACAAGGAGGCCCACGACCCUGACACCAAGGAGGAGAGUAUCUUGUACGUGAACGACUACUCUGAUGGUCCCACCACCUUUGCCCAGCUAGAGGAGUACAGGGACGAGCGCGGCCAUGAAAUGUACGUCCUGAACCGGGCCAAACCUGUGCCACCCCCCGUGGUCCCGCCUCCUGACGUCAGCUCCGCCCCCUCUGAGAGCUCCGGUCAGGGCCCCCCCUCCAGCCCCCUCGCGGCUCCCAAACAGCUGGAGGACACACGGACUAUGAGGAGGAUGGCCGGAGAGGGGGGAGAGGCAGAGCCCGUGCUGACCGCCGAGUCUGAGGGCCUGUACCUGAACCACAGCGGCCUCUUCAUAGACUCUCAGAUCGCUUACGAGAUCCACUGCUGAGCUGACUGGCCUGGGGUCCUGAACACACACUUCUUCAGUACUUCACAAUGAUGUGAGUAUGGUCACUGGUGAAUCUCCCAGAGUUCAGAUGGGCGUGAUUGAUAGGUGGAUUAGCCAAUCAGGGACACACAUUGGUCCAUCGUUAUCAAAACAAAUGUGAUUACAAGGAAAAAUGAAUGGGAAAAAUAUCUCAGAGGACUGGAAAACAUGUGGAUUUCUGCAGAAUUAAUGAGUCAAGCACUAAAGUCUGUUCAUCUGAGGUGAGAGAAAUGUAAUUUUGAUGUAAAUGAUGAGUGACCAAUGAGCUCCUUCAAUCAUUGGACGAUCAUGGUUAGUCAGACUCGAGAUACAAAGGAUGAGACUGAUAUCCCUCUGGAUAAAAAUACAGAGAGAUAUCAGUUUGGAUUGUGCAGACAAAAGGCCCUCGGGCAGCAGAGUGGUCGAGGCCGCUGGGCAGGGCUCACACUGGGCUCCCGGCAGCAGACUGGACAUUGGAGGACCUGUUACACUUUUCAUCUCAAAGUCGAGCUACAUCGAGCUUUCUUCUGCAGUCAUGAGGAGAGACACUGGACCGUCCUCUGGACUGCCUCUCCCUUCGUGCUUGUCAUGCCUUGCUUUAGUUUAUAUUUACUGUUAAUAGUUGUACAGAACAGAAUUUUUGAAUGAAAAUGAAACGUGAUGUUGUUAUUUAAGCAGCUCUGUGAAUGAAGAGUCUCUCCUCAUGUUAGCUCUGUUGUUUUAAACUAUUUGGAGCCUUUUGUGUAGAUUUGGUCCCCUUCUCAAAGCCAGGGCCCAUAUUUUUCUAUUGUUUUAAUGUUAAAGGAACUGUAUGUGGUCUGUGCUCUUACUGUUUUAGUCUACAGAGAGAGGACGCAUCCAAGCUUAUCUCACAUCCAGGUUUGUCUCAGUCAGUAUAUGGACAGGCCAUUUCUCAAGCUCAGAACCUCCAGAAUUCACUCACUGACCAUUCAGACCAGAGAGAGUCAUUUUAGGUUUAAUUCUACUGGAUUUCAGCUUUGCAGCUGGCAACCCAACCGAAAGACGCAUGUAAGGCUCAUUCUCCGUAUAUAUUCUGCCUAUAACUAAAUGGGCCAUCGUGUCUGAUGUUUUUGUAAUUAAUAAUAACUCAUCAUUACAGUUGUUAUCAGUAAAACUUAUUUUUGAUGUGAACAUGUUUACUGCAGACCCAGAUCCUUGUGUUAAUUAAAUUUAAAACCAAAAUCUUACAUACAGUUCCUUUAAUGACAUGGACAUUUCUAAAUACUGAUGUAUUUGAACUUUCAGCUUACAGUUUCUCCUGUGCCCUUACUCCUGUCCUCAGUUCAAACUAUAAAGAUCUAUAAAUACA